AUGACCGAUGUUGUCGGACACUUCUCAAAACAGGCACAGAAAACCUAUACGGAUAUUGUUCAUAAAGCUGAGGGACUAAAAAAAGAGGUCAUCAAUAAAGCAAUGAGCGUUGUCUGUGAUAAGGGGGCACAGGGUAUACAAACAUUGUUUAAAUCACUCAAAUGUGAUCCACAACACUCUGAAGUGGAAUUUUGCAAACACGCACCGACCGCUGAGGCAGUAUUUACAUUGUUAUGCGAGACAUUGAAAGAAAAGGCCGAAGAGUUUGUAACCAUAUUAUUCAGUUGUUUUAAAGCACCCAAACCUAAACAGUUAGACUGUGUGUCAAUGCUUUACGAAGAGGCCAAAAAAACGGCCGAUCAGAUGAAAGGAUUGGCAAACGCCGGACGAAAGUGAUCUCAUUUUGGUAUA